AUGUCUUCAUCUCUCUCACAGUGGCCACUGAAAGCGCAACUCCUCCGUACCGUGCUCACAGCCGUCAUCGUCGUCGUCAACCGUGUUUGGGCCCAACACUCCGUGACUGUACAGAAUCUCUCAGGCACAACGAUAGCUGAGGGCCCGAACAUUAUAUACCAAGGUCAAGAUAUAGAAGAUGCCUCCGCGUUAGUGCAUUUCUUACCGCUCUCCGGACCUGUUCGUGACAUCUUAUCGGAAUACCGCAUCGAUGCAGCUUUUUGGACACAGGUAUGGACUGAUAACCUCAAGGCUGGCCUACUCAUAACGUGGUGCCCGAAUGGCGUGGAUACCUCGCCUAUCGCGAGCUUAGUCCCUUCGUCACAAACCCCUACCCCUACCCUUGUGGUGUCGACGUCCAAGUUGGUCGUUGGUCCCAUCGUAGGGGGCGUCGUAGGAAGCGUCGUUGGCAUUGCUAUCAUCAUCCUGAUAGGGAUGAUAUGGUGGCGACUCAAGCUACGAUCUAAGAAAACGACGAAAUCUACGGAGCUACCAGGUAAAAAGAACGAUGAAACAGCGAACAUACUCUCUGUUCCUCCUGCACCGCCCGUGUAUACGCCCAGCGUGGGUCCUCUCUACGCUCAUACUUUCACCUCCGUGGAGGGUGUGCCAAAAACAGACUCAAGCAAGAAUUCGUACAAAAUAGCACCCGAAUCACCGCCAAACUCUACACCAGGAGCACCGCACUCCACAGGACGUGGCGUCACAUUUGUCUCGUCAGUACCACCCUCUCCGCGUGGGAUGGGAGCGGCCUCUAGAAGGGACGCAAUCGAUCACAAUAGCAUCGUUACACGGGAUCACAGCAGGCACCGAAUAGUGCACUCUCGGACGCAUAAUCCGCGUGGUACUUAUGCGCUUCCCACUAGUCUUCGCGAUCCCCCUCUCCCAACCGACAAUACAAGGCCUGAGCCGGUUGCAGCGGAGUCCCACGCGACCCCAGAGCUGGAUUUCCCCCCCGUGUCCAGCGCCCUGCCAUUUGAUGGGAGAGAUCGAUCACCAUUGCAAUGUGGUCCUGCCGACAUCCCAACCUCUGCCCCUUUUCCCCCUUCAGCUAUGCCUAUGCCUCCCUUAGCAAGCCGCAAUGGUGGGCGCAUCCCGGCGUCUCCCUUAACCCAUUUUCCCAUGCGUUUGCACACCAACCAUCAAGGGGCACAGGCCGGCUUGGGAUUUGGACAGCACCCUCUCGCGUCAAACGGGGGUACCGCUCGUCGUGGGAGGGUCCUUCAACGACGCAACGGACGGAGUCCACCAGGUAACCGCACGUUCUCGCCUAAGACCAACCAUUAUGCCCCUACUUCUGUCGAGGGCACUCGUGCCCUCGGUUGUCUCAAGCGUGAAAUUACUCUUAGGGUUGUCGACGACGCUCAUGAUGCAUUUUGUGCAAAUGACAGUCGUGUUGAUUGCUCCCAUGAACUCCUCACGCCAUACUUCCAUAUUGGUGACAUCGCGGAUAUUGACGACUUCGAGCUAUACUCGGCCAUCCGCAGAGUGUCAUAUUGGCCACUAUCAUGGUGGUUCAAAAUGACACGAUUAUCGGAGCAGUGGCGUAAUCCGGUCAUCGCUUUCUCUAUCCUCGCAGCUGCUGCCGUCUCUGCCUCUACAACUGGCCCCUCCAGCUCUCCAGACCUCUCCGCUAGGUCUGUGGACCCCUCUCAUAUCAUCGACAAGGCGGUGAAGUCGGUCAACAGUGCCGAUGUCCAAAGACGAGGGGGGCUCCUCGGCGGCCUCGGCGGCCUCGGCUUCGUAGACGCUGGCGAGCGCGACGCAAGGAACAACGCACCGCACGUGCGCAGGGCAACCGAUGCACAUCGUCACAAAGGCCGAUCCAGCAAUGCGUAUGAUGGCCAUGCAUUGCAUCGAGGAGCGGAAAGAACCUCGCCGCCUCCGCGACCAGACCAUCGCACCGAAGGCGUAGAUGGCUGUGAUGGAGACAACUACAGUGAAGGCAGAGUCAGCAGCACAGACGGUGGCGUGUCUUGUUCGUCCAGCGCACAAGGCGCUGCUGCGAACCAGGUCGGACAGCAUGUGGGUGGUGAGAGUGUCGCCUCCCCCGAUGCCGGGGCGGCAUCGGGUACAGAUAUCACAGAUAAUGGUUUGGACGGUCUUAUGGGUAUCGAUGGGACGUCUGGAGGGACAGGCACGAGUCCUGACGCUGUCGGCGCCGAUGGUGACGAUGUAACAGUCUCUCCAAGCAAUGACUACGGCAAUGCCUACCCUACCUAUCCCGGGACACACACUCACCGCCCACUGUCGCGUGCCUUCCCCAGCGCCUCCCCCGAAGAUGCGCGUAAGGAGCUGUACGAGGUCGUGAAUAACACCAUGGCCGGAGGGAACAACCCGUCUCUUGUCCGCAGAGCCGUCACACCCGUCAACAUCCCAGCGCUUGAAGAGGAUAGAUCUCCGAACGGUGUGAUCAAUCCAGGUUCCGAUGGGGCACCCGGCGAGAGCAUCCAGGGAGCAUCAAUCCCAGGCCUCGGCACUGUGAACAAUCCCGGUGGAUCUGCCCAGCCCGGAGCGGUCGGUUCUAGUGCAGGUGGCAGAGUGAUUGAAAACGGGCAUACGAAGGAUAAUAAGGCUCACGUCCCCGGUGUAGGGGAUUUAUCGAGGAGUGGAACUGCAAUGGGAGGACAAGGUUUCAGGCCUUGA